GUAGAUGAGCAGCAUCCCGAACCCGAACCCAAACCCAAAGGAAGUCAGUCGUAUAUAAGCUGGCUUCGGCCGAACCCAGGCAGGCACCCAGCAAUAGCAGAGCAUAGACCCAAGAAAGGAUCACACUUUGGAGUUUGGAGUGAUGGCGCCGUCGCCCAAGAAAGAGAAAGAGAAAGAGAAAGAGAAAGAGAAGGAGAAAGCUUGGGCGCGGGGAAAGGGGAUAAGGCGGCGGCCCCUGCUGCUGAGGAGAGCGAUGCUGCAUUCCUCUGCCUGCUUCUUCACCGGCGUCCUCAUCGGGGGAUUCAUCAGCACCCCGCCUUCAGAUCACGUCCUGCCCCACUACAACAAGUAUUGGGACUGGGACUGGAGCUGGAACUGGAACUGGACGAGCAGCGCUGCGGCCGACGUCGUGGCCGCCAUGAUCAACAACCACACCAACAACUAUUUCCUGCCACGGCAGCAACCAGCGAAGCAGCAGCCGCCGAUGAUAACGAGCAAUCUGGUGGUGGUGAUGACUUGCACGGAGUUGUGGGAGCCGGAGCGUCGCGCGGCGGGGCUGAGCCGCACGGCGCAUGCGCUGCGGCUGGUGCCCCCGCCGCUGCUGUGGCUGGUGGUGGAGCCGUCCAGGGAGGCGCUGCCCACGGCCCGGCUGCUCCGAGGCGCCGGCGUCGUGUACCGGCACCUGACAUACAAGGACAACUUCACGGAUGGUGUCCUGGAGCGGCAUCACCAGAGGAACGUGGCGCUGGGGCACGUCGAGCAGCAUCGCCUCGACGGGGUGCUGCUCUUCGCCGGCCUUGACCAUGUCUAUGACCACCGCUUGUUCCAACACCUCAGGGAAAUCAGGACGUUUGGUGUGUGGUCAGUGGCGACACUCGUAGGAGGAGCAACAGCGGAAAUGGAAGGGCCAGUCUGCGCACGGUGGGCGGUCACCGGCACCCGUUCCCGUUCAAACAAGCACCCAAACAUGUUCGCCUUCCGCAGCACCAUGCUGUGGGAUCCCACCAGAUGGGACCGAUUCCCCAUCAACCAGCCAGACGCCUCACAGGAUUCGUUCAAGUUUAUGCAACGACUGGUUGCGGAGGAGUACAACAAGUCGAGGGGAAUGCCCGAUCCGGAUUGCUCGGAAAUCAUGGUGUGGCGUGGAGAUCAGCUCAUCUAGCCUAGCCUAGCUCUAUCCAAAUCACUGCUACUCCAAGGUUCUGCCUGCUGGAAUCAAAUCGGCCGGCCCUGGAAGAUCAUAUCAUCCCCCAGUCCAUUAGCUUUGCCUUAACUACCAUACGUGGGCGUCACCAUUCACCAAAAGCAUAUGUACCCCCCGGGCGGCCUACCACCUACUAUCCUCUCACCACUCAGUUGCAGUUUUUACGUGAUAUAUUUGUUAGUACGUCGAUACUUCGUCAAAUUGUAAUAUUUAGUUAAUAAUAUCGAUAUAGCGAUGCAAAAUACAAGUGCUACUUCCAACUCUAGUGUUUUCAUGGGUUA